CAAUGCACAAAACCAAAAAAUUUAAUCAACUUUACUUACCAAGCAUGUGGAAACACACAAACAGCCACCAAGCAUCACAUCAUCACAUAGCAACAAGCACAAUAAUUACACAAAUCUAGGCAGAGUUUGGCGAGGAUUCUGACACCAGUCGAAUUCAUGGCUGCGUAUAAUUGGGACACUAAAAGCAAUACUCAAAUCUUUCACGGAAAGUGUAAACGAAAAAAAUUUCUUUCACAGGACAGAAGAGACCCGAAUCCUUAACGUAGGUCUCUUGCACUAGCUACUUAAGCACUGCAUCUCAAAGAGAAAUUUCACCAUUUUCAACCCACAAAUGGCUCUACCUGAUUUCCCAGCCAUAGGGCUCCUUGUUCUCUUAUCUCUUCCCCUUGUGGUUCUCAUCAUCAAGAACAAGAUCAACUUAUCAGGAAGGAAGAACAGCAACCUGCAGCAGAUACCACCACCUGGUCCUCCUAAACUUCCAGUCUUGGGCAACUUGUAUCAGCUUGGUGCUUUGCCGCACCAGUCACUCUGGCGACUUGCCAAGAAAUAUGGCCCUGUUAUGCAAUUCAACUUUGGCCAGAUACCCGCAGUGAUCAUCUCCUCCCCUGAAGCGGCCAAAGAAGUCAUGAAAGUUCAUGACCUUGACACUUGCAGCCGGCCAUCCCUGGUUGGAACUAGGAGGCUGACAUAUAACUAUCUGGACGUGGGGUUCUCACCUUACGGAGACAACUGGAGGUUCAUGAGGAAAAUGAUCACACUCGAGCUCUUCAGUGUGAAGAGGGUGAAGGCGUUUCGGUUUGUUCGGGAGGAAGAAGUUGGCCUGCUGAUCGACUCCAUCUCCGAAAUAUCAGCAUCUGGAUCCACCUUUGAUCUCACCGAGAAGUGUUUCUCUCUCACAGCAAACAUAACCUUCAGGAUGUCUUUUGGGUUCAAUUACCAUGGGAGCGACUUUGACAAAAGCAGGUUUCAUGAAGUGAUUCAUGAAGCUGAGGUUGUUAUGGGAACCAUAUCGGGGGAGGAGUGUUUCCCUCGACCAUUUGGUUGGAUUGUCGACAAAUUAAAUGGCCAUCAAGCAAGGAUUGAAAGAGUUUUCCAUGAGCUCGACACUUUCUACAGGCAUGUCAUCGAUGAACACCUUAAGCCCGGAAGGGAAGGAGCUGAAGAAGACAUGAUCGAUCUGAUGCUGGCAAUUGAGAAGGAACAAUCUCAACUACACGGUAGCAAAUCUCAGUUCAGAAGAGAGAACAUCAAGGCAAUUUUCCUGAAUCUGUUCUUAGGUGGAAUCGACACUGCUGCAUUGACUGUGAACUGGGCAAUGGCAGAGCUGUUGGCAAAUCCAAUAUUGAUGAAGAAAGCACAAGAUGAGGUCAGGGUCAUAGUUGGAGAGAAAGGCAGAGUAACCGAAGAUGAUCUUGAAAAUCUGGAAUACUUGAAGCUGGUAAUCAAAGAAACUUUGAGACUCCAUCCGCCAGCUCCUCUUCUAAUCCCUAGAGAAGCAUCGACACACUUGAAGAUCAGCGGAUACGAUAUUCCCCCCAAGACAAUGAUCUAUGUCAAUGCGUGGGGAAUGGGACGAGACCCUAUCUACUGGAAGAAUGCCGAUAAGUUCAUUCCUGAAAGGUUUGCAAACAGCUGCCUGGAUUACAAAGGGCACGACUUUGAGUACCUGCCAUUUGGAGCUGGUCGCAGAAUCUGUCCUGCAAUUAACAUGGGAAUAAUCACGGUCGAAACUGCACUGGCGAACCUUCUGUAUUGCUUUGACUGGAAAUUGCCAAAUGGGAUGAAGCCCCAAGAUUUAAACAUGGAAGAGAAGAGUGGCGUCAGUCUUACUGUGUCCAGAAAGGAGCCUCUCCUACUCGUCCCUGUCAACUGGAAGCACAUCGGCAAAGCAAUAUGAAUCCACAUUCCUCAGCAGUGAAAAUUUCUAUGCUACUACUUCUAAAUCAGAAAGACUAAGAUAUAUGUUCUACUAGUCUACUACCAUAUCGGGUUUGUUUUGUAUGCAAUUAGCGUGCAUAAGAAAAUAUUAGAGAACCUUAUCUGGGAACAACUUUGUACUGCACAAUGAAUGCUGAAAUGAAAGCCAAGAACACCAGAGAUAACCCGAAAAUGGGAACAAUAGGAAGGGAAGCAACAUGUACAAUUAUCCUUAUUCAAAGAUAACAACUUUGAAGCCAUGAAUAUCGAGCAGCAGUUCAGCAGAAUUAGCAAAAGCAACUUAAUGAUGAUGCACAUGAAACUACUGAAUUUAGGGUUCACAAACAACAAACAUUUUUCUCCCAAAAAAAAAAAAGGGUUCACAAACAAAGUCCGCAAUUUGAUCUAUGGUGAUUGGUGAUAACUGGCGUUCACUAGAAAAGAUUGUUAUACCUGACUGAAUUGGCGCGACCCAAUCUCAAUUCACAAUAAGACUAUGGCGGAACAAAGUUGGCGAGGUUCAUUGAAGCUACACUGAAAUCCCAAAAAACCGCAACCUGGGUAAAGGAUUCGACCCAAUAGGCGGCCUCUGGCUGGUCGAUGCACCCAAAUCCCGAUGGAAUUAGGUGAAUCGGGCAGAAUAUCAUGACGAGAUUGGGUCAAUUUGGCGCCGGACUGGUGGAGGAGCACAAACGGCGGCGGAAUUCAACCCGGCAGCGACGAAUUGACGGCGGGGGAAAGAUGGAGGGAGCGGCUUUCCCGCCGGAGUGGCGCAUGGGAUAUCGCCGGGCCGAGAGUGGAAAAAUAUCUUACGUGGAUUAUAAUAAAAUAAAGAAAAAGGAAAGGGAGUUAUUAUUUAUCGCCCUAAAUUUUUAAAUUUUAACGCCCUAAAAAGCUCUCGCACGUGAGAGUAUCUCCAUUGGUGCAAUUGCAUUUGCAAUCUUUUUGACACAACACCAUUUUUGCAAACCAACUCACUUUACUUUCAUUGUACCUACAUUGGUGCAAUUAACUUGCAAUUGCAUAUGGGACCUAAAUUUUGUAAUGCAUUUAAAAACAUUUUUUAAAUACCUUUUUAUCCAUAUUGCAAGUAAAUACCUUUAAUUUAA